UCGAUUCCUCUUCCUCCGAGGAAACCUGCCACUUCUAGCUGCCCCGCUCUCUGCUUUGCCCCGCAGGACCGAGGCUCUGCCUGUUCCCGCCUCCGGCUCCGCGGUGCAUCAGUCUGUCCGCGCUCCGGACUGUGCCCUGUAGCUCCGACCGAGCGACAAGCCUCGAGAUGCAGAGCAAAGUGCUGCUCCUGGUGGCUCUGGGCGUGUGUCUUCAGAGUCUGACCGCCUUCCGUGGAGGGGUGGCCGCCUCCAACCAAAUUACAGGAGGAAAAGAUUUUAAAGACAUUGAGAGUAAAUUUUCUCUAAGGACCCCUGAAGACACGGCUGAGGACACUUGCCACCUCCGUCCUGGGGUACCAGAGUCUGUGGCUAACUGCCACUUCAACCACAGCAGCAAAACCUUCGUGGUCAUCCAUGGCUGGACGGUGACAGGAAUGUAUGAAAGUUGGGUGCCCAAACUUGUGGCUGCCCUGUACAAGAGGGAACCUGACUCCAACGUCAUCGUGGUGGACUGGCUGUCGCGGGCUCAGCAGCACUACCCAGUGUCGGCGGGCUACACCAAGCUGGUGGGAAAGGAUGUGGCCACGUUUAUCAACUGGAUGGAGGAGGAAUUUAACUAUCCUCUGGACAAUGUCCACCUCUUGGGGUACAGCCUUGGAGCCCAUGCUGCGGGUGUUGCAGGAAGUCUGACCAAUAAGAAGGUCAACAGAAUCACCGGCCUAGAUCCAGCUGGACCCAACUUUGAGUACGCAGAAGCUCCAAGUCGCCUUUCUCCCGAUGACGCGGAUUUUGUAGAUGUCCUACACACUUUCACCAGAGGGUCACCUGGCCGGAGUAUUGGAAUCCAGAAACCGGUGGGGCAUGUUGACAUUUAUCCUAAUGGAGGCACUUUUCAACCAGGCUGUAACAUUGGGGAAGCUAUCCGUGUGAUUGCAGAGCGAGGCCUUGGAGAUGUGGAUCAGCUCGUGAAGUGCUCCCAUGAGCGCUCCAUUCACCUCUUCAUUGACUCUCUGUUGAAUGAAGAAAAUCCCAGUAAGGCCUACCGGUGCAAUUCAAAGGAAGCCUUUGAGAAAGGGCUCUGCCUGAGCUGCAGAAAGAACCGUUGCAACAAUGUGGGCUAUGAGGUCAACAAGGUCAGAGCCAAAAGAAGCAGCAAAAUGUACCUGAAGACUCGUUCUCAGAUGCCCUACAAAGUCUUCCAUUACCAAGUAAAGAUUCACUUUUCCGGGACCGAGAGUGACCUGCAGACCAACCAGGCUUUUGAGAUCUCUCUGUAUGGCACGGUGGCCGAGAGCGAGAACAUCCCUUUCACCCUGCCUGAAGUUUCCACAAACAAGACAUACUCCUUCCUCAUUUACACGGAGGUGGACAUUGGGGAGCUACUCAUGCUGAAGCUCAAGUGGAACAGUGACUCCUACUUCAGCUGGUCCGACUGGUGGGGCAGCGCUGGCUUCACUGUGGAGAAGAUCAGAGUAAAAGCAGGAGAGACUCAAAAGAAGGUGGUCUUCUGCUCCCGUGAGAAAGUGUCUCAUCUGCAGAAAGGGAAGUCAUCUGUGGUAUUUGUGAAGUGCCACGAGAAGUCCCUGAAUAAAAACUCUGGCUGAAACUGGGCAAACCUACAGAUGGAAGAACAGCGCAUGAGUUCUGUGAAGAAGGAAGUAACUUUUACAAAAGAUGCCCAGAGCUUUGGGUGGUUAAAAGUGAAUUUUCCUGAGUAUUAAUCCCAGCUAUCCUUGUUAGUUAUUUUAAGAGACAGUCUCAAAUACUACAAAGUGGCUAAUUCAACUUGAGGAGUACAGUGGCCAGAUAGCACAUCCUACAACAUUAAAAAACAGCAGGUAUGAAGAACUCUGCAUUCUGUCCCUUGAGAAAGAAACAAGAAUUGUUUGGGCCGUGGUACAAUAAUAAAGCUUCUUUAUGUGAUGAGUUUAGCCAUAGACUACAAUUGAUUGAAACCUCAUAUUUUAAUCGGAAUUCUGCAUUCUCUGGAUUGAUACUUUCUCAAAGUUCACUCCAAGUCUGAGCAUAGAAAAUACUCUUUUCUGGCCUGAGUUCGACCCAUUUCCUGACUGGUCUAAACACCUGUCCUGUUGGAACGGUUUCCCUCUUGUCACUGGAAGCGGUUCAGGAGCGAACCAGAAACCUGUGGUCUGGAGCGAGGAAGGGAGAAUGGAGUUGAACUGAACCUUUAAACAACUCUGUGUGGCUGGUUGCAUCAUAACUAAGUUACAAAUUAAAGGAGAUAUAAAAUUUAGAACAAUUAAAUCUUAACAGGCUUUACAGUUUAUUGCUUAAUCUCUUCCUUUUCUUGCUUUGUCUCAGUUAUAUUUUAACAACGCUCCCUCGGUAGGUGUUAAAAGGAGCCUGUCAUGCUCAGCUGACACAUAAUUUUAACUAUGGAGAAAGAAAGUGAUCCCAUGAUUUUAGUACCAGAUUUUCAAAAGUGUGUUCACCGGUCUGAAGUCAUGUACUAUCUGGCGGUUCCCACUCAGUCUCAGGCCUGCCGCGGCCACACCCCAGUCACACUUUGAGUGUCUCUUCCCUGGUUCCGAUGAGAAAACGUGUUCGAAGUCAAAUUUUGCAUCCCUCGAAGGCCUACAAGUUUUAGACAAGGGCCGUUUUUAGUAAGUAGAGAGAUGGAAAAACCACUGGGACAAAUUUAUAAAAAGUGCUUACAACCCUUGAGGGAGAUGGAAAGAAUCCUCAGUUGCCACAGCCACACGCAGUGUCAUUGGAGUUGUUUUUAAUGAGUCAGGAGUGAGUGAGUGAUUAUUUAUAAUCUAGAUCUCCUGUGUUCAGUUGCUUUUCUAUAUAAUUAAUAUAAAAUUAUAAAGAAGUCAACUAUCUCAGAGGCUGUUGUGGGGAACCCAGACUGUGAACAUGUUGCGGGCACCUGCACACACAUCCGCAGAGAAAGCCCCACCCGUGCGCUAACCACUCAGCACCGCUUGGGAGGCGGGCGAUGGAGAGGUGCAGGGGUUUGUAGGCCCUUCAUCCGAGGGGCACGGCUGCACCUGUGCGGAGCAGGGUGAAUGCUGGGAUCGAUAUCAGCCAGUCUGGCACGAAUUCUCUCUGAAAAUAAAAUGUGUGAUUUGUGGUUGGCCUUCCCCCUUUAUUGUUAAUUCAUUAAUUUUCCAGAUUUGGGUUUUGAGCAAGGGUACAUAAACUCAAGAACGUGAAUCAAAUCAGUGUAUGGCCCUGGAAACUCUGGCUUCUCUAGACUUCACUACAAAUUAUAUAUUAACAGUGCUUUGGCUUUACAUGUUAUUUAUUAGCUGUAAAUACAUGUGUGUAUGUGUAAACGGGGGUUGUACAUAUCGGGAAAGUUGCCAUGGCAAUCUGCAUUUCUAGAUGUGUGGUGCUAACUUUGUACGUGUCUUUAUCAGUGCUGGUCUCGCUGGGUCACCAUACUCUGGUGACGUAAUGCAAUGAAAUGGGCUUUCAGAAAAAACAAACUUACUUAACUAUGUGAAGUUUUAAUAAAGUUGACAAAAUUUUAUUACAGCA